AUGUCCACCCUCACAUAUAAGAAGAACGACGACAUUGAGUCCGGCUCGCUGGAUAAGAUGACUGUCUUCCAGGAGUGUAUCUCUGGGUUCAAUGCAUCGCCCAUUCAGUCAAAAAAGUGCCGGACCUUGCUCACAAAGCUUGUCAGGCUUAUCCAUAUGGGCGAGGUUUUCCCACCUGAAGAGUCCACUUCCCUUUUCUUUUCCAUCACAAAGCUUUUCCAGCACAAGGAUCCUUCGCUUCGUCAGAUGGUCUAUGUUGCCAUCAAGGAGCUGGCCCCUACGGCAAACGACGUCAUUAUGGUCACCUCUUCUAUUAUGAAGGAUAUUCAGUCUUCCAGCGAUGCAAUCUACAAGCCCAAUGCUAUUCGUGCCCUCAUUCACAUUAUCGACUCUUCUACUGUUCAGUCGAUUGAACGUCUUAUUCGUACUGCCAUUGCCGAUAAGCAAACAAGCGUUUCUUCGGCUGCUCUCGUGUCAACUUACCAUCUCACCCCAAUUGCUCGCGACGUGGUACGCAAGUGGGCCAACGAUGUUCAAGAAGCUCUUCAAGGAUCUUCGAGCUCUUCAGGGUUUUUCGGUGGCAGUUCUAACAAUGGACCCACUGCCUAUGCAUCUUCCACCAUGUACCAGUACCACGCCAUUGGCCUUUUAUACCAAUUGCGAUCUCACGAUAAAAUGGCUGUCAUGCGCAUGAUUCAGCAACUGACAUCCCCCAAUUCACCCGUCAAGAACCCCAAUGCCAUUGUCAUGUUGCUCCGUCUCAUUGGCAAGAUUAUGGAAGAAGAUAAGGGUCUUGUUCAGUCACUGUUACCCAUUGUUGUGUCUUACUUGACUGCUUCUUCUGACAUGGUUGUUGUUGAAGCCGUUAAGAUCAUUCUUCAACAGCGCAAUCCUCAAGCUGAUCCUGAUGUUCUUCACAAGACUCUUGCCAUUGUGCGCAAGCUUUUGGCUUUCCCCCGCAACUCUACCCAGUUUGCUGUUAUUCGCGUUCUCAACCGCUUUGCUCUUGAUUUCCCCGUUGAGGCUAGCGAGUGCAACCCUGAGCUUGAACCUCUCAUCAGUUCCAGCAGCCGUGCUAUUGCUACUUAUGCCAUCACCACUCUUCUCAAGACUGGUGAUGAAUCCAGCGUUGAUCGCCUCAUGUCUAAGAUUUCUGGUUUCAUGAAUGAAAUUUCCGACGAGUUUAAGAUCAUUGUUGUUGAUGCCAUUCGCAACUUGGCCCUCAAGUUCCCCCAGAAACACCCCCGCAUGCUCACCUUUUUGUCCAGCGGUCUUCGCGACGAAGGUGGCCUCGAGUACAAGACUGCAGUUGUGGAAGCUCUUUUUGAUAUGAUUCGCUGCAUUCCUGCUGCUAAGGAGCCUGCCCUUGGACACCUAAGUGAGCUUGUCGAAGACUGCGAGUUUGCUGAGCUUUCGGUCCGCAUUCUCCAUAUGCUUGGUUCUGCUGGUCCUUCUACCUCCCAGCCUACCAAGUACAUUCGCUAUAUUUACAACCGUGUUGUUCUGGAAAACGCCGUCAUUCGUUCGGCUGCUGUUACUGCUCUUUCCAAGUUUGCUGUGGUGGAUGACCUUAAGGUCCGCAAGAGCAUCAAGGUCCUCUUGACCCGGUGUCUUGAUGAUGUCACAGAUGAGGUGCGCGACAGAGCUGCCCUUGCUUUGAGAUUUAUUGAGCUUGACGAGGCUGAGGCCAAGGAGUACAUUACCCCUCAGACUGUCUUUUCUCCUGCUCAAUUUGAGCGUGAACUCACUCAAUACUUGUCGAGCAGCGAUAAGAGUGUUUUCCUCAAGCCCUUUGAUAUUAACACUGUCCCCCGUGUUACUCUUGAGCAGUCUCGUUCUAUUGCUUUGGAGGCUCGCAACAAGGCUCUCUUGGGUGAAACUGGCGAAAAGCCUAAGGCUUCUGCUGCUGGUGCUGAAUCUGGCGACAGUUCUGGUGAGAAACUUCGUGUUGAACGUGAGCUUGUUCAAGACAAGGCUAGCGAAUAUGCUGCAGCUCUUGCUAGUAUUGAUGCCUUUAAGGACCACGGUCCCAUUCUUAAGACAAGCAAGCCUGUUUCUCUUACCGAAAGCGGUCUUGAAUAUGUUGUUAAGGCUGUCAAGCAUAUGUUCAAGAACCACAUUGUCAUUCAAUAUGAAGUGACUAAUACCAUUGAAGCUGUUCUGGAAGAUGUUGUUGUUGAUAUUGCCGGUGACUUUGAGAGCGAUUUUGUCAUUCCUCUUAAGAAGCUUGGUCACAACGAGACAGGCACUGUGUAUGUGUCUGGCCAAAGACCCUCUGAGGAGUUUGCUAUCUUUUCUAUUGAGAAUUCUCUCCGCUUUAUCUAUAAGGAGAUUGAUCCCUCGACAGGCGAGCCCGAAGAUGAGGGCUUUGAAGAUGUUUACAGCACGGAGGACCUGGAAUUCACUGUUGGCGACUACUUGAUUCCCAAGUAUGUUGGCAAUUUCAUGCACCAGUGGGAUGAGCUGGCUGGCGCUGAGGCUGUUUCGACGUUCCAGUUUGGUCCUGAAAUGUCUAUCAACAAUGCUACUGAGCUGGCUAUUAACACGCUUUCAUUGAUGCCUCUGGAAAGCACUGAUAUGCCUACAUCUCUGGCGUCGCAUCAGCUUAAGCUGUUUGGUGAGACAAUUGAUGGAAGCAAGGUUGCUGUUCAGGUUCGGAUGGUUUAUACUUCGAAGAAUGGUUCUACUUUGAAGGUUUCUGUGCGCUCACAGGAUGAACAGCUGUCAGAGCUUGUUGCAGAUGCUAUUGGAAAUGUUUAG